GACAUUUACUUCCGAGAGAGAGAGAGAGAGACGAAGAGAGACGAAGAGUUUAUCUCCAAGCACCGUCUCCUCUCUCCUCCGACGAUCCACCUCACUACGGCGGCAGCGGCGGCGGCGGCGCUGGUGGCGGCGCCGGAGAUGUCGUCGUCGUCGUCGUCGGCUGCGGCGGCGGCGCCGCACCUGCUCUUGGGGGAGGACGGGCGCGGCUACGAGCUGGCGCGGAGGCUGGACGCAUGCGGCGCGUGGCGCGCCUGGUUGGGCGACGCCGCGUACGCCGUCUUCGCCCACGCCCUCUCCUCCGCCGCCACGUGGGAGUCGUUCCUCUCCCCCAUCUCCUCCCCCUCCCCCUCGCCCUCCUCGCGCGCCCGCCUCCACCUCCAACUCCGCGCCCGCGCCCUCCUCUUCGACAAGGCCUCCCUCUCCCUCUUCCUCCCCCCCGCCUCCGCGUCGUCCACCUCCCUCGCCAACAUCAACCCUAACUAUUUGCAGCUUCAUGGGGAUGAUGUUUAUUUCACGUUAGAAGAUGACCGAGAAGAUGAUGCUCAUAUUCAGGCACAAUCUAGGCACAGGCACGAAGAGUGGCCUGAAACAUGGUAUAAACAGUUUGCUGACAAACACAGAAUAAGACAUCACAGACUUCUGCUGGGCGACAAAGAGAUACCGAGGCGAACACCUGAUGGAAUGUCUAUUUAUCUUAAGCUCUGUAACACCCAUAAAAGGAAGAGACAAGCAUUUAACGAAAGUCAGUUUAUAGGUACCACUGAUUCCACCUUGGAAUCUAACUCGGCCGAUGAGGUUUUCUUUCCAGAGAUAAUGUUUCCAUCUGAUUGUGUACCCGAUACUGCACUACCACAAGUAAAUAGGGUUGAUAAUCAAAAGGUUGAAAUCUACGGGGUUCUUGAAAAUUUGCCCCCAUUAAUGACCCGGAGCCCAGCAAUGAUCGAAAGAUUUGGGAUAAUUCCUGAAUACCAGAAAAUGGGAAGAAAAUAUAGGGGAAAAUAUGGAUCUGGAGAGGAAGGGAGAUCUCUCAGUCGUGAGCAAGCAUUGCAGAUGACUCUGAAGGUAGUUGCUCGUUUCUUAGCAACUGCUGGUUUCGAAGGCGGAAAUGAAGUUUCACUUGAAGUUCUCUCGGAAGUUUUUGGUAGGCAUAUUUCCAAACUAGGCCGCACUCUGAAGCUUUUGUCCGAUGGUUACAAGAAGCAGUUUACGUCCAUUGAGCUUCUAAAGAUGUUUCUGCAAGCAGCAGGAUAUAGCACCUUUGGGGUGUUGGCAGAAUUUACAAAAGGUAGCAACCAGGUCUUCACUCACCAAAUGCAGCAACAAAAUCAUCCAAUGCAGUCGCAACAUCAGAACCCUCUUCUGCAGUAUGCAAACAAACAAUUUCAAAGACCGCUGCCCCAGAUGAAUAUGGGUCAAACCCUGGCAUUCCAGCAACAGCAUCAGCUGCAACCGCACCAAUGGGAGGAGCUGCGCCGCCGCCAAUUGGCAAGCCCUCGUGGUCCCGUUAUGCUAAUGGACAAAGGUCAACAGAUGUUGGAUGUUAAGAUUGAGAAUAUGAUGGAUGCGCCAAUCGAUAAUUCUUUUAGUGCUCUCAAGAAGCAUCAGCUACUAAGGCAGCAGCAGCAGCAGCUGGCUAUGGCCAAUCACCAAGCUCAAUCGGCUCAGCAGUUCAAUCAACUUCCACCUGUUCAACUUCCUCAACUGCAAGCACAGAAUCCAUAUAGUAUGAGAAUGACACCAGUGAAAGUCGAAGCUUUCCAUGAACUUAUGGCUGGGGAUUCGACAUCAAAGCAUGAGAAUGAGCAAAAUAAGCUUACUCCGCCUCCAAAAUAGACACCAUUGAAUGUCACAAUAUGGGAUGCUGUGUAAAGAUCAAUCAAGUAUUAACAGUAUAUCAUGUCAUGUAUAUUAUUGAAAAGCCCACAAUGGAUUGUUUCUUGCAUUAGUUUUUUUGUUCUUGAAUAUCUAUCGUGCUGCUCGGCUCUUGAAUAUGGAUAUGGCGCGACAGAGCUGUGAUGUAUUUUAUCAAGAAUAUGUAGUUGCCUAUACCUCGCCCAAGUAUUCAGUAACCUGCCAUAUAGAAAUUGUGCUUUUUUGGGUUGCAAGUAGAGAUGGGAUUGGCUUCUUGUAUAGAAUGCAUCAAUUAUAUUAAUGAUGUGACGUUCUCGAUCAAUCAAAUUAUUCUCUUGGAUUGA